AUGCCAGAUCGAGAUCUCCGCCUACUCGCGCUCGAUGGCGGCGGAGUCCGUGGCUUGUCAGCCUUUAUGAUCCUCCAGCAGCUCAUGGAGACUGUAGACCCAGAGAAUCCUCCGAAGCCAUGCGACUAUUUCGACAUGAUUGGGGGAACAAGCACUGCUAGACUUGUCGCAAUUAUGCUCGGCCGCCUGAAGAUGAGUAUCGACGACUGCAUCGAUGCCUACCUGUCGCUUUCGGACCAGGUUUUCGAGAAGAAGAGGCAUCGCGUCACAGUAAAGGGUAAUAUUCAGGGCAGGUUUGACUCGGAAGAGCUGGCCCGAGCCGUCAAGGAAGUGGUCACAGAGCAAGGGUUGCAGGUGGAUGCGUUGCUCAAAGAUGUAUCAGAUGAUCCAUGCAAGGUAUCCAGGUUCGUGUGCGCGACAAGCAAAGAGACGAGCGAAACAGUAUACUUGACAAGCUACAAGUCGCCGCGUGGCGGGAGUGACCUCCUUAAUAGCGUUAAGAUCUGGGAAGCCUGCCGUGCAACGUCAGCGGCGUCCUCCUUUUUUGAUCCUAUUGCUGUCGGACGGUAUAGAGAAGAGUUUGUAGACGGAGCAACGGGAGCUAACAAUCCGAUAUGGGAGGUCUGGAAUCAAGCUCAGCUUAUGUGGGGGCCGCAGCCGCUCGAGGGCCGGAUCAAAUGUGUAGUUUCGAUCGGUACUGGCGUCCCCUCCUUAAAACCAUUUCGGGACGAUGUCUUACAUAUUGGUGAGACGCUUAUUACCAUUGCUACAGAGACGGAGCAGACGGCAGAAAAAUUUCGGCGAGACAAGUCACACCUCGAGGAUAAUGGUCAAUACUACCGGUUCAAUGUUGAUCGAGGUCUAGAGGAGAUCGGGCUCGAGGAGUCGAAGAAGAGGAAAGAGAUUGCCGCGGCUACACGACGCUAUAUCGGAUCUCAGGGUGUGUUUAAGCAAUUGCAGGCAUGUGCAAACAAUAUAGCAGGAAGAGAAUACUUUGGAGAAUAUCGAAUAGUCUUCAGUCUCAAAGGUAUCCCAAGAGUGAGCAAAUUUAUAGAACGACCUACCGAGAUGGCAGAGCUUGAACGAGUGCUCCUCCCAGAACGGUAUAGCUGUCAGCAGAAGAGACUUGUACUUCAUGGGCUCGGUGGGAUUGGUAAGACACAGUUAGCGGUGGAGUUUGCCUCACAGCAUCAGCGCAGGUUUAGUGCCAUAUUCUGGCUAGAUGGGAGGAGCAAGGACAGCCUCGUACAGAGCAUUGCAAGCUGUGCGAGCAGAAUCCCAGAAGGCCAGAUUUCCGAGUCGAGUAGGACAUACUAUGCUGGCAGUAAGGUCGACAUCAACAUAGUUGUCCGAGAAGUCAUGGGCUGGCUUGCUCAGGAGGACAACGCUAUGUGGCUGCUUAUCUUCGAUAAUGUCGAUAGGGAUUACAACGGUCACAAUCCUAAUCCUGACGCAUACGACAUGAUGCACUACUUUUCUGGCGCCGACCAUGGCUCUGUGCUAAUCACAACUCGACUAGCCAAGCUGGAGCAGCUUGGGAACUCGCAGCAUUUGGGAAAGGUUGAUCAGGAUCAAGCACGAGCUAUUCUUCAGACCCGGUAUAAGAGGAAGCAUGACCCAGCUGAAGGCGACCGCCUAUUGGACUUCUUGGACGGCCUUCCGCUCGCAAUUGCACAGGCAGGUGCAUUUCUACAUGAGACUGGAGUUGAGCCUCAAAGAUAUGUCGAGUUCUACAAGGAGAAGUGGAAAGAGCUUAUGGAAUCCUGUGACUGGGAGGGCGCCCCACUCCAGGACUACCCCGAUCGCAAUGUCUGGACGACCUGGGCUAUCUCAUUUGGUGCCAUUCGAAAAACUCACGAAACUGCGGCCAACCUUCUUCUUCUCUGGGCAUUUCUCAACAACAAAGAUCUGUGGUACGGUUUAUUUGCAGCAGCAUGCAAUGCGUCUACGACUACUGCGACACGCCUAUCAGAAUGGAUUGGAGACAUCGCAACGAAUGAGUUAGCCUUUACAAAAGCAAUUCGAUUACUACGCAACUAUUCAUUAAUUGAGGAUGUUCAAGGCCUAAGAGGCUAUGCUACUCACCCAGUUGUCCACAGAUGGGCGUACUACUCCCAGGGUGAGGAUUUGCGACUACAACUUGCUCAGCUAGCAGUAAUCGUUGUUGGAUGGGCCGUACCCCAUAGCUCAUCGCUGGACUCAUCUGCUCUACAACGCCGGCUUCUACCUCACGCGCAAGCGUGUUCUCGCUGGGUUGUGAUGAAAGGGGCACGGCAAUGGUCUACUCAGGAAAGCGGAAGCAGUGAGAUCAAGUUAGUUCAAGAACGAGUUGGGAUACUAGGUGCAGUUCACAACUUAGGGAUUCUCUACCAAGAGCAAGGCAAGCUCGACGAGGCAGAGAAGACGUACCAGCAGGCGCUGCAAGGCAAAGAGAAGGCGCUCGGUGCAGAGCAUACGUCGACUCUCCGCACAAUUAAUAAUUUAGGGAGUCUCUACAAAAACCAGGGCAAGCUCGACGAGGCAGAAAAGAUGUACCAGCGGGCGCUGCAGGGCAACGAAAAGGCGCUCGGUGCAGAGCACACGUCGACUCUUGACACAGUUAAUAACCUAGGGAUUCUCUACCAAGAGCAAGGCAGGCUCGACGAGGCAGAGACAAUAUACCAGCAAGCGCUGCAAGGCAGAGAAAAAGCGCUCGGAAUAGAGCAUACGUCGACUCUGAGCGUAGUCAACAACCUAGGCAAUCUCUACCAAGAGCAAGGCAAGCUCGACGAGGCAGAGAAGAUGUACCAGCGGGCGCUACAGGGCAAAAAGAAGGCGCUCGGUACAGAGCAUACGUCGACUCUCCGCACAGUCAAUAAUCUAGGGAGUCUCUACCAAGAGCAAGGCAGGCUCGACGAGGCAGAGGAAAUGUACCAGCGGACGCUGCAAGGCUACAAGACGGCUCUUGGUACGGAUGUUGAAACCUACAUCCCGGCGCUUCACACAAUAUGGGGACUCGCUUCUCUUUUCGAAAGUCGAGCUGACCUUGCGAAAGCAAGGAUCAUGUAUUCAAAGGCUCUCGAAGGGUACGAGAAAGCUGUCGGACCAGACCAUCCAAGGUCACAGAACCUGCGGGACAUAUUGCAUGCGUUAGGUGCUGAGAACAACAAGUGCUAG